ACCGAAGACACGCGGCGGGACAUUUGCUCUCAGCACUUGGGACUCUAUGAAGCGGACUGUGGUCUUUUAUGCCUGCACAGAAAGGACUCGCCGUCCGUUUUAGCUGCUGCAGUUCACACGGUGGAUUUUGUUUGGUUUUUCUUUUCUUUUCCUUUUUUUUUUUUUUUUUGGUUUGGUUUGAAAUUGAAAUUUGGAGUCGGAGUCUUGAAUCCGUGUCGGAGAUGUGAAGAUGCACCGGGACUGACAGGUUUCUCCUCCGUCCUUUGGGGGGACAUUUAUAAGGACGUCCAGCUGUGUUUUUUGGAGGGACGUGACCGGUGGUUUCAUGGAUUACAACAACGUUUAAACGCUGUUUUGGACUUGACAAGUAAACGCACAGCCCUCCCACCUGAAAAAAAAGAAAAAAAAACCAGAAGCGCAGCGCCCUCUCUCCAAUGAAAUAUCCCCCUCCAGGAUCAGCUGCGGAUCGUGUAAGUGAGCAGACCGUGCUCGGUGAGACCACCGACAGCGCAAACUCUCGUCCCGGUGCCGUGGUCUCCUUGUUGACCCCUCUGGACCCACUUCGGCAGGCGAAGCGGCUUCCUAUCCGAGUUAUCAAGAUGCUGACCGCGCACACCGGACACUUGCUGCACCCGGAAUAUUUACAGCCUCUGACAUCCGCACCAGUGAGCAUCGAGCUCGAUGCCAAGAAGAGUCCUUUGGCCCUGCUGGCGCAGACCUGUUCUCAGAUUGGUAAACCAGACCCUCCAUCUUCAUCCAAGCUGGGCUCCUCCUGCAGCCAGGGAGACAAGGAGCCCAGCAGUCGGUCAUCCGUCUCCAGCCUGAAGCUCGGGGAGCUCCGCCCCACUCUGGAGGACAAAUCUAGCUUCAAGCCCUAUAACAAAGGCAGCGGGGACUGUCGCAGAGAUGGGGUCACCAGCAGCAGCGAUAAAGUCGGGUUCAGAGUACCCAGCAAUAAUGUUACCACUAAUGGAAAUUCAACCAGUAGCCAGCAGUCCUAUCCGUCCCAAGCUACUUCACCCCGCUCCAGAGCCAGCAGCGGCUCCCCGCCAGGUCACGCUCAGCAGCAGCAGCAGCCUCUCAAACAGAGUCAGUCCCCUGGUGGACAGACCACGUCACACUCGCAGACCCCCAAUGGAGAAAGUGCACACGAGCGCGGCAGUCCUACCAGCACGAGCGGCAGCAGCAAUAAUAAUCAUCCCAAAAAAGACGCUGACGCAAACAAGGUCAACUUGGACAGUCCACACCAUGCAAACUCCAGCCACGUUCGAGCCAGCACAAACUGCAGUAACGGCAGCUCUGAUGGUGGUUCCAACCACGAGGGAGGUAAAGCAGAGUCCGCCCAGCCUAACCUCGGCCCUGGACACAUUACACCAAUUUCUCCUUACAAGACAAGCCAACCACUCUUCCCCCUGCCCUCUUCUAACAUGGGCUACCACGGAUCUGUAGUGGGGGCCUACGCAGGCUACCCGUCUCAGUUUGUUCCAGGGCUGGACCCGGCAAAGUCGAGCCUCAGCGUGGGAAGUAUGGCAGUACCGGGAAAGCACCCGAGCUCCAGCCCUCUCACGGGCGCCUCCCCUCCUUCCUUCAUGCAGGGUUUAUGCAGGGACCCCUACUGUCUAAGCUACCCAAGUGUUUCCCAUCUCGGCGGAAGCAACUGCAACUCGUGCAUCCACGACCCGUCCUCCACGCUCAAAUCGAGCUUCCCAUUGGUGUAUCCCUCCCACCCGCUCCACUCCCUCCACCAAAGCUCCCUGUCAUCCAGCGCGUCCUCCUCCCUCUCCCAUCCCCUCUACACAUACGGCUUCAUGCUCCCUAACGACCCCCUGCCUCACGCCUGUAACUGGGUCUCAGCCGGGGGGCCGUGCGACAAACGUUUCGCCACUUCGGAUGAGCUCCUGGCCCACCUCCGCACGCACACAGCCCUGCCCGUGGGAAUGGACAGUAAGCUGCUCUCUGUUUCCUCCUCUGGACCUGCCUCCUGCCACCUUCACCUCCCCCACCAGAGCAGUCCAGGCUCCAUGCCGAGCUCCCUCUCUCUCAGGGCUCCCCCCAGUCUGGGUUUAGCUCGCUAUCACCCCUACAGUAAGGUCCAUCUGCCCCCCGGUCCCUCGUCCCUCUCCCUGCACUCUUUGCCCACCACAGGCCCCUAUUACCCUCAUUACGCUCUCUACAGUCAAAGACUCGGAUCCGCAUCUGCACUGGGAUACCAGUGAUACAUCAUCUGCUUAAAUGUUUAAAGGAAUAGUUUCACAGUUUGGGAAAUAUGCUGAUUCGCCGCGUGGUGGAGAGUUUGAUGAGAAGAUUGCUUCUACUCUCAUUUCUGUCAUCUGUAAAAAAAAAAACAUAAAAAAACAAGGCUACAGUCAGUUGGCACUUAGCUUAGCUUAGCACAGGGAAGCCUCUAGCCUGGCUCUGUGUAAAGCUGGAUGUAGCUCCAUAUUUAUUGGACAGACAGGUGGCAGUGGCAUCAGUCCUCUCGUCUAAUUCUCUGCCAGAGAGCCAAUAAGUAAAUUUCCCAAAAUGUCAAACUGCUACUUUAACUUAGUACUGCGGCAAGUUGCUGCUUCUUGCGACUGGACUGGAUUUAAGUGGGACUGGGAUGGGCAAGCAAGUUCUGGAUUUUGACUUGAGAACAUCUUUACACUUUCUUUAUACAUUAUAUAUGAGAUUUGAUGUUUCUAAUCAGGCUCCACUCCUAAGGAUCAGAGGACACGUGGCUCUUGCAUGUCUGCACAUUGCUCGGAUACUUUCGAAACAGACGCAGCUGCCCUUGGGUGACUUUUGCCGCCUCAUGGCCUUUGGCAGAUUGAUGGUUGGACGCUGUCUAAUAGCUCCUGGAUGUUCAGGGUUCUCGCUGCAAACGUUGAUGAUGAUUUAGUGCAGAAAAAUGUAGUGUGGCGGGGAUGGCAAUUAGCUGAUGGGCUGAUGUAAGUCUGGCCACAGUCGCUUUCUCCCUGCAAGAGAUGCAUGUAAGCUCAACACAGCAUACACACUUAACUGUUUAUUCAGCCCCAUGGUUUGUGAUGGUUUGUUUUGGUUCCUUAUGUUUUGUUUAUUCCUACUGAGAAGUUGUAUUUAUUUUAUACCGGGAAUCUAGCUUUCAUGUUUACCACACAAAUCUAUUCUCAUUUUACAGUCCUCUGAGCGAACACGUGGGAAGCCGGAUGACAGAUGUUUGGAUAUGUCGCGUCUCAAGACUUCUCGAGAAUGAAUGUCGAAAUCACAUCUCUCUCUCUGAACUCCUCAGCUUUUUGAUUUCUUUAUUUUCACAGCAAAUCAAUAAAAACGAGAUGUGAUAUUUUUUGUAAAAUCGGGGCACCCUGUGGUGGCAUCCAGUGAAAGGGGAGGUCAUAUUUUGUUAAAUAAAUCACAC